GCGUCCCUUAUGCCAAUCUGCUCUGGCAGCAAAUGUUAGCGGAAGAGCUAGGAACAAUUUUUGGAUUGAUUAAACCUAGCCUUUGUCGUUGGUACUGCAAUAAUUUUUCCAUUACAAAUUCCAGUUUUAAUUGAGAACAUGGCUGGAACGGCAUCUGUUGCGGGUGAAGUCUUCGUUGAUGCCCUUCCAUACUUUGACCAAGGGUAUGAUGCAGCUGGCGUCCGUGAAGCGGCUGCAGCAUUGGUGGAGGAGGAGACAAGGAGAUACAGACCAACCAAGAACUACCUAAGUUAUCUACCUACACCUGACUUUUCUGCUUUUGAGACUGAAAUUAUAAGGAAUGAAUUUGAGAGGCUCGCAGCUCGACAACCCCUCGAACUUCUCAGCAUGAAGAGAUAUGAGCUCCCAGCACCGUCAUCAGGACAGAAAAAUGACAUCACAGCGUGGCAAGAAUGUGUGAACAACUCUAUGGCCCAGCUGGAACACCAGGCAGUUCGUAUUGAGAAUCUGGAGCUCAUGUCACAGUAUGGCAGUAACGCAUGGAAAGUUUACAAUGACAACUUGGCCUUCAUGAUUGAGAUGGCUCAAAAAGAACUUCAGAAAUUCAGGAAGCAAAUUCAAGAUUUAAAUUGGCAACGUAAAAAUGAUCAGUUAGCAGGAGGGGCCAAACUGCGAGAGCUUGAGUCAAACUGGGUAUCCCUGGUAAGUAAGAACUAUGAGAUUGAGCGUGCUAUUGUGCAAAUGGAGAACGAGGUGAGCCAGCUUAGGCAGCAGCAGGGGGAGGAGAACAAGGAGAACAUCAAUCAAGACUUCUAGAGCAGCACAUCAAGCAUGAGCCUCACUCUGUACAGCGUCGACUGCAUUCACUUCUUAGUCAUCCCUACAUCCUAUUUUUUAUAGACACUUUAGCUGAAACUAAUGAGAAUGUUGAACUUUAUUUUAAAGCUGCAUUAAGCAGUAUGUUUGAUGUAAGUGAAACAAAUGACUUUGGUAAUGUGCAUGGAUUGCUUGUACUGCCAAUUGCACCGAGAAUUAACAUCACAGUCUACAGUUUUCCUUAACCAGAGAGAGGCUUUGCCGACACUUUCAUCUUGUUGACAAUAGCCGGCCUGGAGUUGCCCCCCUCCCCCCACCUCCAUAGUGGGGUUGGGAGAGCAGUGCCAUCUUCAGGCUGGGUAAUCUAAACAACGAGCUGAAGGUGAAGGGUGAAGUCUGUCUCUGGUUAAGGAAAACUUCAGACUGUGGCGUCGAUUCUCGUUGCAGUUGAAAGUACAAGUAAUCGUUUAACAUUACAGGGUAUCAUUUAUACACGUUUAAUAUCAAAUAUUGCUUAAUGCAGCUUUAAAUGUGAGUCUGGAAAGGUUGGGGUGAGUAACCUAUAUCGGGCAAGAGAGUUGCAGCAUUUUUCAAUCUUCAUCUCACUAAGUGCCCCUGAAGACUGAAGGAGUUGGCCAGGAACUACAGACAAGAGCACCUCACCAGAAACUCGUUAACAAACACCCUUUCAAACAUUCAAAAUUGAAAACAAAAAUUCAUGUAAGCAGAGACAUUUUUUAUCCAGAGGCUCUUAAGCUGUAUGAAACACUUUUCUGCUUGUACAUCUCUCGAAGACACUUGGUUUAGAUACAAACAUGUUCAUAUAUGAGCAUUGUGCAUGCUUAGGAGUAAGAUAUCAAAAUUGGAAUGCCUGCAGUGACGUGCUAUUUUAAUAAAAUGUUAA